GUAAUAAAUGGAGCAUGAUACUUAUUUCCAAGCUCCAACCAUUUCUUUCUCUCUCUAUAUAUUAUCCAUGGCGUAACAGCUUAACUAAUUAAAGAAGAAAGAAGAAAGAAGAAGAAGAAGAAGAAGGAGAGUAGCGAGUGAUUAAUGGGAAAUAACUUGAGGUGUUGCUUGGCUUGCGUGCUCCCCUGCGGCGCCCUCGAUGUCGUCCGCAUCGUCCACCUCAACGGCCACGUCGAGGAGUACGGCCGCCCAGUUCACGCGGGCAAGAUCCUGGCCGCCAAUCCUCACCACGUCCUGAGCACCCCCUGCUCGCGGGGCGUCGCCGCCCGCAAGAUCCUGAUCGUGUCUCCGGAGGCCGAACUAAAACGUGGCCAAAUCUACUUCCUCAUCCCGGAGGCAGCCGUGCCGCCGCCUCCGGGGCAGAAGACCAAGCCAGCAGCAGCGGCGCAACGGAGGAAGCAGAAGGCAAUUACUCAGAGCGAGAGCCACCUCAGCGAGGCGCUUCCCGAGAAGAAGAAGCCGCCGUGCCACCGCCGACGCCGGAGCGGCCGCGUCGGCACUUGGCGCCCGCACCUCGACAGCAUAGCAGAGGACUGAAGAAAAGAUUUUCCCUUCCCUUGCUUCUGCUCUUCCAUUUUUCCCCCUCUGUAGAUAAAUCUGUGGCCACCUUUUCUUUUCAUUUUUUUCCCCCUCCGGCGGCUUAUGAAAAACCUUAUAAAAAAAGAUCAAGUGGAAGUAAUUGUGAAUUCUUACA